CCAGCUCGUCGUGUUAAAGAUUGUUUCCUCCCUCAAGUAAAUUUACUCAACGAUGCUACCGAAAAAUUGGCACAAUCCAUUUCUGUGCUCGUCAUACACCUUUUACCCCCACAAUUUAUUUUCUUGAUGGACAUUCUAACGAAGAACACUGUUCGAGACAGGCAUUGAUUUGUAGAGGAGCGGCUGCAAAGCCGUUGGCCAUUAGCUGUCCUCCAGGCAGCAAAAUUCUUUUAAUGAAAAAUAUGACAUGUUCAAAAUCACCCCAACAUUGUAACCAAGCAAUUAAAGAAAAUAUAACACCUAUACGUACACAUUUAUUACGACAAUUAUGUGAGGAAAAAGGAGGGGUUCCUCUAUUUCCCCAAUCCUUGAUGAAAGCAAAUGAGGAAAGAUGUAAAAAUUGGUAUGCUGUCUGCGAGGAAUUUAAAGAGCCCGAAUUUGUCUUCUGUGAUGGAGGAAAGAUUUUUGACCAAGAAAGGGGGUUAUGUAGGCGCAUACUUCCUGAAGACCAAUGUCCACAUCUUAGCGCUUGCAGGCAACUUAAAAAUUUUUUCCUUUGUUUUUUCAUCUAA